AUGGCGCCCAUCCCGGUAUAUAGCUCUAGCCCUAUUAACGCCGCUAAACCAACCGGUGUCACUCCCAAGACUUCCAACCCUGGAGAUUCAAACAAAAGUGGCCAAAUUUUGCCGGACCCUUCCCAAACUAGUGGCGAGCAAGCAUAUCCGCCUGCUCAACCUGGAGCCAGGCCGGCACUGCCCAAAGAAACUGGCAUACCAGUGACACCACCACAACCUGGCGGCCAUGUCCUGGCCACACCUACACGAACAACCACAGUAGGCAACAGUCCUCCUCCGCCACAACCCGGUGCUGUUCCUGUCCCUCUGGGCGGUAGUACCGGAUCGGGGAGCGGUAUUCCUCCGCCUCCAAAGGCUGGUGAAUCACUGCAAAGCACUCAGCAGUCACCUCCUGUGACUACUAUGCCACCGCAGAUGGGCUAUCAACCGCCUCAGGCAUCUCUCCCAGUUCAAGCACGAUCAUCAACAGCUACGACGGCAGGACCACCACCUCAAGCUGGAGCGACUGCUGCCCCCACAUACCUCCAGGGAAACUAUCCAACCGCGGGAUUCUCGCCGCCAGCUGGGGGCUACCAGCAGGAUGUGAAUGCAGCAGGGUACAACAGCUAUCAAAGAUCGACGGUAGCGUAUGAAGACCAGAGCGAGGCGAGUGUAUGGGACACGGCAAAGAAGUGGGCAGCGUCUGCAGGAGAAUCUCUAGCCGCCGCGGAGAAUGAAGUUUGGAAGAGAAUCAAUAAGGACUAA